CGCCUGUAGUCUACUGCGGGCUGGCGUGUUGUGGAUGGCGGCCGCAGGCGACCAAGGCGUGCAGCCGGCGGCCGGUGGGCCUGACAGCUACCGCUCACCGCUGGCCUCCCGCUACGCCAGCCCGGAGAUGUGCUUCCUGUUUAGCGACAGGUACAAAUUCCGGACGUGGCGGCAGCUCUGGCUGUGGCUGGCGGAGGCCGAGCAGACAUUGGGUUUACCCAUCACAGAUGAACAAAUCCAGGAGAUGAAAUCGAACCUGGACAACAUCGACUUCAAGAUGGCGGCUGAGGAGGAGAAGCGAUUGCGACAUGAUGUGAUGGCUCACGUGCACACCUUCGGCCACUGCUGUCCCAAAGCCGCCGGCAUUAUUCAUCUCGGUGCUACCUCCUGCUAUGUUGGAGACAAUACAGACCUGAUUAUUCUUAGAAAUGCAUUUGACCUGCUUCUGCCAAAGCUUGCCAGAGUGAUCUCUCGACUUGCCGACUUUGCUAAGGAACGAGCCAACCUUCCCACCUUAGGUUUUACACAUUUCCAGCCUGCUCAGCUGACCACGGUUGGGAAACGUUGCUGCCUUUGGAUUCAAGAUCUUUGCAUGGAUCUCCAGAAUUUGGAGCGAGUCCGAGAUGAUCUACGUUUCCGAGGAGUGAAGGGCACCACUGGCACGCAGGCAAGCUUUUUGCAGCUCUUCGAGGGAGACGACCAGAAGGUAGAGCAGCUUGACAAGAUGGUGACAGAAAAGGCAGGAUUUAAGAGGGCUUUCAUCAUCACAGGGCAGACGUAUACACGGAAGGUGGAUAUCGAGGUGCUGUCUGUGCUGGCUAGCUUGGGGGCAUCAGUGCACAAGAUUUGCACCGACAUACGUCUCCUGGCAAACCUCAAGGAGCUGGAGGAACCCUUUGAAAAACAGCAGAUUGGCUCGAGUGCGAUGCCAUACAAGCGGAACCCCAUGCGCUCAGAGCGUUGCUGCAGCCUCGCCCGUCACCUGAUGACCCUCGUCAUGGACCCGCUGCAGACAGCGUCUGUGCAGUGGUUUGAGCGCACGCUGGAUGAUAGCGCCAACCGACGUAUCUGUUUGGCCGAGGCAUUUCUUACCGCAGAUACUAUAUUGAAUACGCUGCAGAACGUUUCUGAAGGAUUGGUGGUGUACCCCAAAGUAAUUGAGCGGCACAUUCGACAAGAGCUGCCUUUCAUGGCCACGGAGAACAUCAUCAUGGCCAUGGUGAAAGCUGGGGGUAGCCGCCAGGAUUGCCAUGAGAAAAUCAGAGUGCUUUCCCAGCAGGCAGCUGCAGUGGUCAAGCAGGAAGGGGGUGACAAUGACCUCAUAGAGCGGGUCCAGGCUGACAGCUACUUCGGCCCCAUUCACUCCCAGCUGGACCGUUUACUGGACCCUGCUUCUUUCACUGGUCGUGCACCCCAGCAGGUGCAGAGAUUCCUAGAAGAGGAGGUAUUUCCCCUGUUGAAACCGUAUGAAAGUGUGAUGAAGGUGCUGUCGAGUCGGUUCCGACUCAAAGCAACCCCGUGCACAACAGAACGGAACACUGCCCAGUCCUGCAUCCUCCUCACAGUCGUUGCUGUGCUCGAGCCCAUUGUUGCAGCCGCUGUGUCCGUCCAUCUCGUUGAAGGUCUUCCUCUUUUUCCUGACUGUGUCUACUUUACCAAGCAUGAUGUCCUUCUCCAGGGACUGAGUCCUCCUGAUAAUAUGUCCAAUAUGAGGCGAUUGAAAAUACUAUGGCUUGGGUCAGGAGCACCUUUAUCUUCAAAGUGACAUCUUUGCUUUUCGACGCUUUAAAAGAGGUAUUUUGUAGCAGGUUUGCCCAGUGCAAUGAGUCUUUUGAUUUCUUGACUGCUGUUUCCAUGGGUGUUGAUUUUGGAUCCAAGUAAAAUGAAAUCCUCGACAACUUCAAUCUUUCUCCGUUUAUCAUGAUGUUGCUCAUUGGUCCCGUUGUGAGGAUUUUUGUUUUCUUUAUAUUGAGGUGUAAUGCAUACUGAAGGCUGUGGUCUUUGAUCUUCAUUAGUAAGUGCUUCAAGUCCUCUUCACUUUCAGCAAGCAAGUUUGUGUCAUCAGUAUAAUGCAGGUUGUUAAUGAGUCUUCCUCCAAUCCUGAUGCCCCGUUCUUCUUCAUAUAGUCCAGCUUCUUGGAUUUUAUUUGCUCAGCAUACAGAUUUACCAGGUAUGGUGAAAGGAUACGACCCUGACACACACCUUUCCUGACUUGAAAGCACGCGGUAUCCCCUUGUUCUGUUUGAAUGACUGCCUCUUGAUCUAUGUAUAUGUUCCUCAUGAGCACGAUAGUGUACUGGAAUUCCCAUUCUUUGCAAUGUUAAUCCAUCAAAGAAUGACAUCAAGGACAUCAUACAUGAAGAAGGCAAGAGGUCAUUAAAAAGAUAGGAAAGAAAAGACCAAAAUGGAUGUCAGAAGAGAUUCCGAAACUUGCUCUUGAAUGUGGAGUCCCAGUGCCGUCGAGUCGAUUCCGACUCAUAGCGACCCUAUAGGACAGAGUAGAACUGCCCCAUAGAGUUUCCAAGGAGCACCGGCGGAUUCGAACUGCCGACCCUUUGGUUAGAAGCCGUAGCACUUAACCAGUACGCCACCAGGGUUUCCUGAGUGUAGAGCAGCUAAAGCAAAAGGAAAAAAUGAUGAAGUCAAAAGAGGUGAACGGAAGAUUUCAAAGGGAGGCUUGAGGAGACUUGUGCAAAGACCUGAAGAUAGAAAACCAAAAGGGGAGACCAUUCUUAGCAUUUCUCAAGCUGAAAGAAGUGAAGAAAAAAUUUAAGCCUCGAGGAUUCUACAGGGAAAAUAUUAAACAACUCAAGAAGCAUCAAAAGAAGAUGGAAGGAAUACACAGAGUCACUAUACCAAAAAGAAUUGGUCAUCGUCUAACCAUUUCAGGAGGUAGCGUAUGAUCAGGAACCAAUGGUAUUGAAGGAAGAAGUCCAAGCUACACUGAAGGCCUUGGCAAAAAACAAGUCUCCAGAAUUGAUGGAAUAUCAAUUGAGAUGUUUCAAAAAAUGGAUGUAGCACUGGAAGUGCUUACUCGUCUAUGCCAAGAAAUUUGGAAAACAGCUACCUCGCCAGCAGACUUAAGGAGAUCCAUAUUUAUGCCUACUGCCAAGAAAGGUGAUCCAGCCAGCUGUGGAAAUUAUCGAACAAUAUCAGUAUCACACGCAAGUAAAAUUUUGCUGAAGAUCAUUCAAAAGCGGCUGCAGCAGUACAUCGACAGGGAACUGCCAGAAAUUCAGGCCGGAUUCAGAAGAGGACGUGGAACCAGGGAUAACCUUGCCGAUGUCAGAUGGAUCCUGGCUGAAAGCAGAGAAUAUCAGAAAGAUGUUUACCUGUGUUUUAUUGACUACACAAAGGCAUUGGACUUGUGGAUCAUUUUAAUUCCACAUCUAGACACGGGGAAAGCUUGUUGAGCUACGUGGAGAAAGGGGCUGUUGAGAUGAUACAACUUUUUAGUUACCAGAAAGCCACACAGCUGCCCCUGGUUUUCCCUGGGGCUUUGUUUUCACUUUCACUCUCCCUUGUGGUGAAAGGGCUGCGUUUCCCACCUGGGUAAGGAAUUACUUCAAUACCACUGGCUCCACCCACUCCCAUUAGGCAUUGCCAGAGUGGAGAAGUGUCUUACCUUGGGUACUGUCUGGUUGUUAGGUGCCAUCAAGUGGGUUCAGACUCGGAGCGACCCCAUGUGCGAUGCAAUGAAACACUGCCCAGUCUUCAGUGCUGUCUUAGAAGCUUUUAAGAUUUUGACAUUUUUCUUUUUCUAUCCACUUAGAAAUAUGAAAGUUUUAUAUAAUUGUUAGCCAAUCUACCAUUCCUUGAAAGGGAAGUACUCACUUUGUCUCCUGUGGCCUUUAGACCUGCCUGGUAUUGAUCUCUGAUAAAUGCUCCACAGGAGUGUCAGAGGGAGGGCUGGAAGUUUUAUUCGGUAACAAUUGGCAAGCCCUUGUUGUUAGGCGCCGUCAAGUCGGUUCUGACUCCUAGUGACCUUAUGUACAACAGAAAACACUGCCUGGUCCUGUGCCAUUCUCACAAUAGUUGCUGUGCUUGAGCCCAUUGUUGGCAGCCACUGUGCCAGUCCAUCUUGUUGAGGGUCUUCCUCUUUUUCGCUGACCCUCUACCAAGCAUGAUGUCCUUCUCCAGGGGCUGGUCCCUCCUGAUAACAUGUCCAAAGUAUGUGAGAUGAAGUUUCGCCAUCCUUACUUCCAAGGAGCACUCUGGCUAUAUUUCUUCCAAGCCCUUAGUUCCUUUUUGAAUCUGUAGGAAGAGUAGGCCAAAUGAAAUGUUAACAGUUCACUACAAAAACCUGAGGUGCCUAUGCUGAGAUUGCAUUACCUGUACCUCAGCCUACCUGACAUCUAUUUCAAAUUGUCUUUUCUCAUAAAGAUAAAUUUAAGAAAUAUAACCCCUGCAAAUGGUGAAGUGACAGAAACUGGCUGUCACCGCACCAAAAAGUCUGGAAUUCGUUGCCCUGAGACGAUUUUUUCUAAAAAGAGUGCUGAAAGAGGCAGUGCUAUGAUUGGAAGGAAAGGUGAACUUGGCCACAAAAAAAUGGGCUCAGAUACUGGCUCUGCCACUUAGCUCUCAUUAUUUUGGGCAGAUUCUCCUCUGUAAAAUGCAAAUGACGAAGCUCACACUGCUUUCAAUACAGCAGCGUGGUGAGACUUACGCAGGGGCGCCUUGUAAACUUGAGCACACGGUGUAGUGAGGUCAGGAUUGAGACUGCCUCCUGGGUCCCGUAGGCUUUGCUUGUGGCUCUUCAGUUGCCCCUGGCCACCACCUUCUGUGAACACCAUCAGGAGGCCAUGUCUAAUAAGCAGCUCCAAAAUUAUAUUUAGAGUAGGGGAAAGUUCCUGUACUACUGUUGUAAUUUUUGGUGACUUUUCUAGAGCCUGGCAAGCCUGUUUUUUUCAGGCUAGAGCCUGAGGUCAGGUAGAAUCUGGAUAGCAAAAGGAGACAGGGCAGCUGCCUUCCUGGACCAGUCCUGUCCUGUGCUUGACACAUUUUCACCAACAGUAUGGAGUUCUCCCAGGAGCCUUAAGUCCCCAUUCUCAUCUUGUGGGUGAGCUCAGUGUUAGUAUGGGAAGUCACUCGGAAGCAGGCCCUCUGACUACACCCGCUGCUUCACGCGCGGCCCAGGAGAGUGACCGCUUCUUGGACGCCACCUCAACCAAUUUGUUCCCGUUUGUGAUUCCC